GGACUGUACGAUGCUGUACGAUGUCGCUGUCGUUUGUGUGGAGAGGGAACUGCAAGGGCCAAGGGUGGAGGACAUGGAGCUCCAGCCGUGGUUCACUCCGGGGAUUCGGACGUCACGGUUCACUCUUCAUAAUUGUAACUCACGAUCCUCAUAAAUCGAAACUGUACGAUAUAAAUGAUGCUCGCUGCUGGAAUAAUCGGAAUCUGCGUCCAUGAAUAAUGGAGGAUACAUGACAUUGCCAUGCGACAUCCCCACCUUCCACCAUGCUCAAUGCAUUCACAGCUCGACCGAUUGUCGAGCUCAAGCAGCGCGAUAAGUCCAAAAUCGAAUCGAUAUUAACCUAUGGUGACCGCCUCCUUGUCGGCCUAAAUACAGGCUGUCUCCGCAUCUACCGCGUUAAUGAUGCCGGUCCCGAGAAUGUCCCUACCACCACGAACUCCGAAGCCAACGAGCCGGAUACUGCUCAUCCAACUCCUCGAGCCGUCGAUCUCCUUCGCGAGGAAGAGAAAUUCUCCCGCAAGCCCGUGCAACAGCUCGCGAUCAUCAAAGAGGCGAACAUCCUAGUCUCCCUCUCGGAGAGCUACGUCUCCAUCUACGACCUCCAGACAUACACGCUUUCCGAGCGGCUAGAGCGCACCAAAGGCGCCAGCUGCUUCGCGGUGACAUCGAACAUUGUCAAGGAUCCAAACACGGGAAUUCCAAGCAUCGUGUCGAAGCUCGCGGUAGCGGUAAAGAGGCAGCUAUUGGUCUGGAUAUGGCAGGACAUGGAACUUGAAGCAGAGGUGGUGGAGAUAACGCUAAGGAAUGCGAUCAAGAGCUUGACGUGGGCGACAGGGUCAAAGAUGAUUGCGGGUAUGGAUGCGGGGUUCGUGUUGAUUAAUGUCGAGUCGAUGGAAAUCCUGGAUAUUAUCAAGGGAAGCAAUGCGCUCGCGACCGGUGAAGUACAAGAGGGUGUGCGGUUUGGCGGCAUCAGCUCUUCUGGAAUGGGCUAUAUGACAAUGAGUAGCUGGGUGCCCAAGCCUCUGGCGACGAAGCUUGGGGAAGGGCAGCUACUGUUGUCGAAGGAUGUGAAUACGCUUUUCAUCGACGAAACCGGGAAAGAUCUGGAAAAGCGACAAGUGCCCUGGGCGUACGCACCCGAAGCCAUCGGCUACUCAUACCCGUAUCUCCUCGCUCUGCAGAGCCCUUCUAAAGGAAUCAUGGAGGUUCGAAACCCCGAUACGCUGUCCCUCUUACAGUCGGUCCAGGUUCCCAGUGCAUCGACUCUGCACGUACCGCAACCGAAUAUCAGCUUGGCACACGCGGGGAAGGGGUUCCUCGUGAGCAGCGACCGGACAAUUUGGCGGAUGAGCGCGCUCAGCUACGACACCCAAAUCGACGAGCUCGCGAGCCAAGGACGAUAUGACGAGGCCAUCAGCCUACUGGGCAUGCUUGAAGAGACGCUGCUCAAGGAUAAGGAGGGUCGGAUCCGCGAAUUUAAAAUACUGAAGGCCCAAGGGCUAUUCAACCGGCGCAAGUACCGCGAAGCAUUUGAGCUGUUCGGCGAGGCGGCUGCUCCUCCGCAGCGAGUGAUCGCGCCGUUUCCCAAGUCUAUUGCUGCGGACCUCGCUGAAGAGGAACCCGAAGGUAGCGACGAAGCAGAUGGGGGGUCUGUUACCAUUGAUGGUAGUUCGGAGCCGACCCAAGUUGCCGCAAAGGCAGUACCCAGUCAAACACCGUCAUCUUCUACCAACAAAUCCAUGUUAGGGCGGCUGCAACGGAAACCCGACUCCUCUGACACCAGCUCAGUCAAAUCCAUGGCCAGCGAAUCUCCUUACAAGAGCAAAGGAUCUCCCACCGAUAAGUCCCUCGAAGGCAAGGACCUCGUCGUGGCAGUAAAGGAACUCUGUCGCUUCCUUGUCGGCAUUCACGGCCAACUAAUUACCAAAUAUUUACACACGAACGGCACGCUGCGGCGCGAAAAUGGCGAAUCCCCGGCGGAUUUCGUGAGUCGCCGCCCCCCCUUCCGUCACCUACUCCUUGAAUUCGACCAGCUCGAACCAUCCGAGUACGAAAGCAAGCUUCACGAGACGGCGAUCUUGGUCGAUACGACUCUCUUCCGCGGGUACAUGCUUGCCAGCCCCAGCCUCGCCGGGUCGCUAUUCCGGCUGCCCAACUGGUGCGAUCCCGCCGUGGUCAAGGAGAAGCUAUACGAGAGCGGACGGUACGGGGACCUCAUCGACUUUCUCCACGGCAAGCGCCUCCAUCGCGAGGCGUUGGAGCUGCUCGAGAAAUUCGGCAAAGACGAGGCCGACGAGGCGGUCAACCCGGCGCUCAAAGGGCCGCACCGCACUGUCGCAUAUCUGCAGCAGCUCCCGCCAUCCAUGAUCGAUUUGAUCCUCGAGUUUGCGGAAUGGCCCAUCCGUGCGGACGAAAAGCUCGGGAUGGAAGUUUUCCUCGCGGAUUCAGAGAACGCCGAGACGCUUCCGCGAGAUCGAGUGGUGGAGUUCUUGAAGGGGAUCACGACGAGCCUCGCGGUGCGGUAUCUGGAACAUGUGAUCCAUGAGCUGGACGACCAAACCAGCCAGUUCCACCAGCAGCUGAUCGAUUUGUAUUUGAAGAGGCUGCAGGCGAAAGAUGGGGAGGGCCAGGAGGAAUUUGCGUCGCAGGAGGAGAGGACGGAGUGGGUGGAACGGUUGCAGGUGUUCCUCAGAACAAGUACGCAAUAUAGCAAGGCACGGGUGUUCAAACAUUUGCCGACGGAUGAUCCGGAAUUCUUUGAAUGCCGCGCGAUAGUCCUCAGCAAGAUGGGACAGCAUAAGCAGGCCCUCCAGAUUUACGUCUUCCAGAUGCAAGACCACGACAGAGCUGAGGAAUACUGCAACCAGACCUUCCUUUCCCGUCAAGCCGAUCCCAGCGACCAUCCUUCCAAACCCCUCAUCCCCAGCACCGAAGCCGACAACCCCGAAAUAUCGAUCUACCACGUCCUCCUUGCCCUCUACCUCACCCCUCCCCCGCCGCACAAACCCAACUUUGGCCCCGCCCUCGCGCUGGUCUCCAAACACGGCGCGCGGCUCCCCGCGGCGUCGACCAUCGACCUCAUCCCCUCCUCCCUACCGGUCAACGAGCUCGAAUCUUAUUUCCGCGGCCGCAUCCGGUCGGAUACGUCGCUGGCGAACGAAGAGCGGGUGGCGGCGCGGUUGCGCGGCGUGCAGAAGGUCGCGGUGGACGAUCGGUUGCUGUUGGGGGAGCGGAAUCGGCGGGUGGUGAUCCAGGAGGAGCGAUUGUGUAGUGUCUGCCAUAAGCGGUUUGGCAGCAGUGCGAUUCGGGUGUAUCCGAACAAUACGGUGGUGCAUUAUGGCUGUUCGGGGGCGGCAGCGGCGAGGGUGGGUGGAGAGCGGGGGCAGCGGUGGGGAUUAUAAUGCUGUAGAGAACCGAGAAUACCAUGCACGAUUCCUUGUACAUGUGGUGCUCCUUGAUAGAAAGAAAUGACACGUGAAGGGACAGUGACACGACCUCCGCUGCCUUCGAUCACUGGAGGUCUUCUAUCCUUCAUCUUCAACAUUCUCCUCCCCAUAAAGAUCCUCCUCCUUCGCAUCGACCGUCACGCCUUUUGCAGCCUCGUCCGCCAUCUUCUGCGUCAGGAACGUGUUGAUUUGGUCCUGAAGAUUGCCGAUUUCACGGCGUGCCGCUUGGAGAUAGUCGGAGAGCUCGGCGGAUCCUUCCUGACCGUCUGGCAUCGUGAGAAGCGGCGCGGAGAAGUCCUUGG